CUUUCUCAUCAUCUACUGUCAUCUUCAGAAUUACCGAUAUAUUCUGUUGAUUCAUUUGAAGUAAAUGUCAGGAGCUGGGUGUAUGCAUUUAUUUUCUUAAAGCAGAUCAUUGUAUGUACAAUUGAAUAGUGUAUGAAGGAGAAUAAUGGAUAACGAAGAGGAUAAAGCUUCUCAAAAACUCCAAUCAACCGUUCGACUCGACAAGACACCUACAAAUAUGGACUAUGAUGAUGAUAGAUUGCAUGAGAUGACAGCAUCAUACUCGGAGAUAUCCUUCGAUUCUCAGAGUUCUCCACCAAAUUCGGAGCUUCGAUCCCUCAUUGAAUCACCGGACUUAGAAGCUGGAAAGUAUCUAAUCAGUGACUUGGAGAAAGAUGGUGCCAGUAGCAGACCUGAUCGGCUUGAAUUGAGAAGUGGCGGUACUAGUCCUGAGGAAGAUGAGGAUUUGGAUCCUCCUAGUUAUCACAAAGCUCUCGGUUAUCUACAGUUAGAAGGAACAGUUAUGCAAGAUGGAGACAUGGUUCUAUUUGUAACCGAAGAUUUAGAAAAUAAAAUAAAAUUAUCUAGUCCAGUCACAAAGAAGGGAGAUACUCCAUCCUUUCCAGGCUCUCGAAGCUCGACUCCUUGCUUAUACAGGCAAGCUCUAACACCACAGUUACCGUUACUUGACCAUAAUGUAUUAAAUGAAUUAGAAAUGGAAGCAAGGAAAGUUGCUACCUCCGUGGACUCUUUAACAGAGAAUCUUGCUGCCAUCUUGCACAGUGCUUCAGCUCUCACAGUUGGCUGUUUAGAAACUUAUAGAGAUGCGGUGUGCAAAACAUGUGAUACAGUAGAUCAUAACAUCAAGUCCAUGUACCAACUAAUGGCAAAAUGCGAGGAGCUGUCAAAGUCCAUGGGUCCUGUUUACAAGCUUGCAGAACAGAUAAAUGUCCCUAGGGUGGAAGGAUUACCAGUGCUCGCACCCGGGGUCGAAAGAACUUAGGAAAAGCACAGCUUAUCUCGAUAGGGUUUACUCUGCUCCACAGCUUAGCUUUCAAAAGUACCCUAUAUCUCGCUGUUUGUCUUAAUCCAGCGCCGCUUGCGAGUUAAUUAGAAGACAGUCGCUAUUUCGAAGGGCCGGUGGUCUUUUUCCGCGCUCGUCUCUGUAUAACUUGGUAACUUUAUUACCUGCACCUCGGGAGGGAAAGUGGACUUGGAAAAAAGGGGAAAUGUACUUUAAAAGUUCGUCACGCGUUACCGAGCUCGCAAUCGUUUACGGUGGCUUGGGUCCGGGGACCAGCUGGUGCUAAUUCCGGUCUUAAAAUUGCAUUCUCUGCCUUCCAAUCCCACGGCCGAAAGUUCUUCCCGGAAUCGUUUCUUCAUCUCGAUCUUGAUCUUUACCCUGGCCGGUAAAAGAGUUAAUUGCGUGCCAUCCGGGGAUUACUCUUGGUCUUCCGCACGCCCUGGGGAAUGACGAUCCUAAAGUCCCCUCGACUCUUCCAGCGAUUGUGGAAAAUCAACAUUUUAGUUAAUUUCGUUGAAGGGUCCCAUGAAUAUUAUAGUAGGUCAAACAGGCUCCUUACUCCGUAUGCAUGGCGCGUAUAAACGUUAGCGGACCACUUACUUUACAGCAAAGAGAUGAAGAGGAUGCUCGAGCUGUUUGAGAGCGCAAUGAAUCUGUGAGCGCCUACCGGGAAGGAGAGGCACCGGAAGCUCUUCGGGUACCGAGACAUCGUCUCGUGUUCUUUUCGCUACCUGUAUCUGGAAAUGCUUCGAGAAACUGUUUAAGACUGCUAUGCAGUGAAUCGUUACCAUGCGGAUCGGUUUACAAAUGUUCUUGUUCAUCGGGAAAUCUUUAUCCGACAUUAUAGGUAUUUAUAAGUGUUAUCUGAUUAUUUGUAAUCGUUGAGAUCAACAUCGUAUCGUCGCGAUGGUGCUAUUUCCCAAAUUUGAUCGACAUAGGAUAUCGUUAUAAAUAAUAUUAAUCAAUAUUCAGGAAGAAGUGAUAGUCUCACCUGAAUAACAUAUUGAUAUUUUACUUCCGUUUUUUAUUUUAAUGUUAUGCAUGCCAUUAUCAUUAUUUGAAAAAGUUUUUUUAUAUAAUACAUUAUUCUCUUGAGUUAUGUAUGAUUAUACAAAAUGCAUUUCUUCAAAAUAAAACCACGUCUCUAUGCUGUCUUGUCAAGUUACCAGAUUUUGCACAUAUUUAUUCAACGCAGAUUUGUACGAAAUUUAAAUUCCACGUGAAAUUGAUAUAAUUGCCUCUUUUCACGUGGGGCCCUAUUUUUUACGCGCUCGACGAGGCGUUCGCUCGAUUUGUAGGCUUAAAAGGAAGCUGCGUUUACGUCGCCUCCUGCAAUUUCCGCCAAAUUACAACGCAAGUCGUUUUGACGGCGCGUUCGGUUAUUUCCAUCAAAUUGCAGUACCCUUUUUCUUUUUUUUUUUCAAUUCACAACGCGUGGACAUUUUUCACACAUACGUGUAUUUCGUGCGAUUUUCCCUCACGAGUCUUAUUGGCAUUGUUCUAGAUAACACUGCAGAUACUUGUAGAGAGAGGAAGAUAAAUAAGCACCUUAACCCUUAUUCUUAGUACCUUCGACCCACACAGUUAAAUUUUAAGUUAGUUUUUCGUACAGAGGACAUUUUUCAUUUCGACCACUUUUGCGACCUCUUCCUUAAAGUGUUUCUUUACGUGUAUAGU